AGAGGCCCGCCCCUCAUGCGGAGCCAAUCGGAACUGGAGGCGGGCCUGCUGGGGUCUCCCGGGAGCGCGCAUGCGCGGGCGGGUGGCCGCUGGCGGCCGGGCGGUAUGGACUCCGAUGCCGAGCAGGCCUUUCCGUGUCCGCAGGCUCCUGCCCGGCCGCCGUCACCCAUAAGCCACAAGGAGGAGCUUUACGACUGCCUGGACUACUACUACUUGCGUGACUUCCAGGCCUGCGGGGCCGGGCGCAGCAAGGGCCGGACACGGCGCGAGCAGGCGCUGCGCACCAACCGGCCGGCGCCCGCUGGCCACGAGCGUAAGGUCCUGCAGAAGCUCCUCAAUGGCCAGCGCAAGCGCCGCCAGCGCCAGCUGCAGCCACGGCCGCGCACUCGCCUUGCCUGAGCCUAAGCCUGCACCUGGGAUGCCCGAAGGACGUGUUUAAAGUAUUUGCUGUAACUCCAACUGUAACCUGGUUCUAAGGAGGAGAGAAUCCAUGUUUGGUCAACAG